AUUGAAUUUGAACGAAUUGAAUUUUACGAUAUUAAUUGAAGUCAUGUAAAUUUCAAAAACUUUACACCAAUAAAAAUUAUACUGUUGGAAAAAAAUUUAUUCGUUACAAAUAAUUAUAAACAAUUCAAAUUAGAAUUGACAAAAAUAAGCCUUGCCAAAGUUAUUCAUUUACAACGUAGUUAAAAACAAAAGUAUAAAACGAAUUUUCGAUGAUGAAAAUAGUGCUAUUCAAAGGUGAGUCUGAGGAUUAUCAAAGAAUCUUUAGAGAAAAUAACUUUGAGACAAUAUUCGUGGAGCCACUGCAGUUUAUUUACAUAAACAUAGAGGAGUUAAGUCAGAAACUACUGCAAAACGAUUACGAUGGGAUGAUAUUGACCAGCCCGCGAGCUGUAGAAGCUGUGUCAAAGUGUUGGGACCCAACAAAAUUUGUCAUUUGGAACUCGAAAGAUGUGUACACAGUUGGAGAGAUGAGCUCUCAAAAAAUAAAAUUGUUACUAGGUUUGGACGCGCUCGGGGCUACAGCAGGUAAUGCAGAAAAUUUAUCGAAAAUUAUUCUAAAAGAUAAGAAAAAAACAUCAACAUUUCUGUUUCCGUGUGGCAAUUUAAGAUCAGAGACCAUCCCCAGCAUGCUACAAUCUGAAGGAAUCACAUUAGAUGCUAUAACUGUGUAUGAGACACAAGAGAAUGAAAACUUAAAGGCCCUUUUAAUGGAAUUGAAUAACUUGAAUGACAGUCCAAGUGGCUUGGCAUUCUUUAGUCCGUCAGGUUGUGAAUACAUACACAGACAACUACAGACAUUUAGCAACAAUUUGUCCUUACUACCUCACUUUGCUAUUGGCAACUCAACAGCCCAUAAAAUUGAAAAUCUUGGUGUGGAAAUAGCUGGAGUCGCAGCAAAACCUAAAGCUGAGAGUUUAGUUGAAUCUGUAUUGAAAUAUUUUGCAUUACAAGGUAGCUAGUGAAAUUCAUCGCAAGUUGAUUAUUGAAAUACUCGAAAUAAAGUUUAUAUCUCAAAUUUUGAUAUGUAAUUUGGUGAUGGUGCUGUAAAAAUAUUAAUGUACGUAUAUUGCAAAGUACAAAUAAAGUAUAAACAAUUAUGUAGCAAAGUAUUUAAUAAAGUAUCAAAUUGAAACUAGUCUUAAUAAUAAUUACAUAUUUUAAUAAGAAUAUUCAU